CCAGUACUCUUAUUGAUUUUACACACCCAAAAAAAAAAAAAAAAAAAAAAAAAAUCUCAUGACUUUUUUUUUUCUCCACAUUUUUUGAUGGGUUUUCCAGCAGAAACUUGGAUGUCUCAGAUUUGAAGAAAUUGGAUUGAAUUUCUACUAUUUCAUCAAAUCAGCUUCAUACUCCAAAAUACAGCUUCCUACAACAGAUUUAAAUCGAAGAGUUCAAUCGGAGGUCCGAAAGGUUAUCUAUAUUUGGAAGAACGAACAGCGGUGGCGGUGAAUUUACAAAUGGUAGCGGCUGAGUUGGAAAUAAUGGCACAAGCAGAGGUUAAUUCACCAGCAAUGACAGACCAUAAUCAUAACCAUGGCAACGGCGGGACUAACAAUAAUAACAACAACAACUACGCGUUCCCAGCCUUGGGGCGCCAGUCUUCAAUCUACUCUCUUACCUUGGAUGAGUUUCAGCAUACUCUUAGUGAGAACGGAAAGAAUUUUGGGUCGAUGAAUAUGGACGAGUUCCUAAACAGUAUUUGGACUGCUGAGGAGAAUCAAGCUCAUCAUGGCCACCAUCAUGAGCAUCCUAAUAAUGUUCAGCUGCCUUCUGUUAGUGUUGCAGCUUCUUCGAGUAGUAAGGGGGCAAUAGCUAAGCAGCCGAGCUUGGCGAGGCAAGGCUCCCUCACCCUCCCAGCACCACUGUGCAGGAAGACAGUUGAUGAAGUUUGGACUGAGAUUCAGAGGAUCCAACAGCCUGAGGAUGAUGAGCAACAGCAAAAUGAUCAGCAGCAACAACAGGUGGUAAAUUCCAAUGAUCCUCAGCGCCAAGCGACGUUUGGAGAGAUGACUCUAGAGGACUUCUUGAUUAAAGCAGGUGUUGUUCGCGAACAAUGUGGGCCCACGGCACCAACACCAUUGGCAGUAGCACCUGCUCCGCCUCCAACUCAGCACCCGCCUCACCACCAAUUUGGCUUUAGUGCUCCCCAGAUGGGUCCUACCUUCGUCACAAGGCCCAUGAUGGGUAUGGCCCCAGGAGGGGCCUACCAACCUAUGGCGCCAAGUGCAGGAGAGAGUUCCGCGUACACAGGGAAUGGAAAGAGGACUAAUGGAUAUCCAGCUCCAGUAGUGGGGCCCUCAGUGGCCUGUUAUGGAGGUCGUAUGAAUAAUGGAGGGGGCCCUGGUGGAGCUUUCGCACCUGGUGCACCAGUUAGCCCGGUUUCUCCAGAGGGUAUGUGUGGACCAGGCCAGGUAGACAAUCCUGGUGGCCAGUAUGGAAUGGACAUGGCUGCGUUACGAGGGAGGAAGAGGAUAAUCGACGGCCCAGUGGAGAAGGUGGUGGAGAGGAGACAGAGGAGGAUGAUCAAGAAUAGAGAGUCUGCUGCCAGGUCUAGAGCCAGGAAACAGGCGUAUACCGUAGAACUGGAAGCAGAAUUAAAUCAGUUAAGGGAGGAGAAUGCACAAUUAAAGCAGGCCCUGGAUGAAAUUGAGAGAGAAAGGAAACAGCAGUAUCAUGAGGAGCAGAAUUUACAGGCAGUACUGAGCAGGGCACAGAGAGCUCAAGAUAAGCUGAAAACGAUGAGGAGGAGUCGGAGCUGCACCCUUUAGAUUAGAUUCAAAGAGGAAACUGAGUCCAGAUAUAGUAUUUAGUAGUAAUUAUGUAAUCUGAUCGUCAGAGAUCAAUAAUGUAGUGUUAGUUGUUCUUUUAGGUUAUAUUAUACACAAAGCAAAACAGCCUACCUUUCUCUUCUGUUGUCAUCUUUAAAAUGAUGUAAAUAUUUUCUGCUUUUUAGCAACUAGUUGCAGAAUUUGUAUAUGGAUUUCAUCCUCUCCUUAAUGUAUUGCAAACUUAACAGGAGAAUCUGUCAGAUAGAAAUUCAAGUCAAAUUUUGAAACAA